AAAAAUUUUUUUUUUUUGGAAAGUGGAAAAAAAUCGAUUUUCGCAGACAUGUCGAAAAAAUUAUCAUUGAAAGAUGCCGUCAAUUAUUUGAAACAGCUAAUUGACGAAGAAGAAGGAGAUAAUUUCAUGCGAGAUAUUGAUGGAAUUUACAUUGAACCACCCGGAGAUGACGGUAAUGUGAGUGGUGAAGACGAGGCAAAUGAGAAUGAAGGAGGUACAGUCGACGCAUUGUCUCGCAAUCAGUUGAAAUCUAUCGUAUGACGAAAGCAUGAUCGCUUAUUAUGGUAAACAUGGCUGCAAGCAAUUCAUCAAAGGCAAGCCCAUUCGUUUCGGCUAUAAAGUUUGGUCUCAGUGCACACCGUCUGGUUAUUUGGUAAAUUUCGAAAUUUACCAAGGCUCGAACCCGCGAUCAAACCCGAAGUACGAAAAGAGAUUUGGCAAAAUAUCGGCGCCACUUUUGUCCAUGAUUGACGACUUCCCCGAUGAAUUGAAAGGAUUGCCGUUUGGAUUCUUCUUCGAUAAUUUUUUCACUGGUUUUCCAUUGCUUGCAUAUCUGAAAGCCAAUGGCUACAAUGGCACAGGAACAAUGCGAGAAAAUCGGAUCGUUGCAAGUUGUCCAGUCACGAGUAAAAAGGUGUUCAAAAAGAAACCACGUGGCACCAUUGAGGCCGUCAAAAUGCAGCAAACCGGCAUUAGAGUGACACAAUGGGUCGACAAUUCCGUUGUUGCUGUCGCUUCGACAUGUUUUGGAUCUGUGCCAACAUCAAACGCGGCACGUUAUUCCAAACAAGCUGGAGGCCGAGUAAAUGUUGUUCGACCAUGCUCCGUAACGGAAUACAACUAAUACAUGGCUGGUGUUGAUCGCUUGGAUCAAAAUGUGAACAACCAUCGCAUUGGCUAUCGUGGGAAAAAGUGGUGGGCUUCAAUAUUCCCUUGGCUCAUCGAUGUAGCUGUGAAUAACGCUUGGCAAUUGCAACGCGGCACAAAAGUUCUCUCUCAGCUCGAUUUCAAACGUGAAAUUUCAACAUACUAUUGCAAACAUUAUGGUUCGCCUCCGAUUCAAACUGGUCCGCGAAAACAGCGACGUGAGGAAGACAUCACUCGGAGCCUUCGGUUCGAUGGGAAAAAUCACUUUGUCGCUCCAAGCCCGACAAGACGGCGUUGCGUUGGCGACACAUGCAAAUCUGUUGGUCGCACAAUUUGCAUGAAAUGCAAUGUUGGUCUGUGUGUGUCAUGUUUCGCAGGAUACCUUACUCGUAGCGGCACACCAUCUACCAGCAAUCGGUCUCGUAGUGCCACACCACAAGCUGAAUAACUUUUUUCUUUCAUUUUUUUUCGUAUAUUUCAUUUCAAUACUAUUCAAAAUUAUUUCUUUGUAUUUCAAAAUAAAUAAAAACGCGUUUUCAUGCUUUUCCGUUCAUAUACUUCAUGAUUUUCCGUUGAAAAAAAAAAUGUUUUUGUUCACCUUGACACGGACCCUAGAGGUCCCAGCGUUACCAUAUGGUAACAGCCGGAAAAUCGCCAUAAAAAGUUUUUCCGGCCCGGAAAAUUCAAACCACCUAUUUUUUCGGAAUC